AUGUUUCCCAGAGCAAUCCUGCUGCUUAUAGCUGCCGCCUUUCUCACAGGCUGUCGGGCUGAGUUCAAUGGAGAUCAGGUUGGAGGUGCCUUCUGGAAUUACAUCAACCAAUUGACUGAGGAAGCCAAGGACAGUGUAGAGCUGAUCCAAAGCUCAGAACUUGGCCAGCAACUCAAUCUCCUUAUUCAGGAUAAUCUGCAGACUGUCAAUAAAUAUGCUGAGGAUCUCCGAGAGAAGUUGACUCCUUACGCAGAUGAUCUUCGUGAGAAGAUGACAGUAGAUGUUGAGAGCCUUCAGCAGCAGAUAAGAGAACAGCUGGAAGACCUGAAGGAGAAGCUUUCUCCCUUUGCUGAUGGAGUCCGUCAGAAAAUCAGCAGGAACAUUGAAGAAUUUCAUCGGGAGUUGACACCUUACGCUGAAAAACUCAGCCAACAGCUGAGUAAGAAUGCAGAGGAACUUCGGCAGAAGCUGACUCCCUUCACUGAAGAGCUUCAGGCAAAACUGGAAGUGAGCGCAGAGAACCUGAGGGAAGUCCUGGCUCCCUACGCUGAGGAGCUCCAGGGGAAGCUGGAUGAAAACAUGGACACCCUCAGGCAGAAUGUGGCUGCCAGAGCUGAAGAAUUUCGCUCCAAGUUUGAUGAGAACGUCCAGGAGCUUCGCAACAGCUUGGCCCCCUACGCCAAGGAUGUCCAGGUUAAGAUGAACCAACAGAUUGGAGAAAUGACCCAGGUGGUUGUGCCAUAUGCUGAGAAACUCCAGGCAAAGGUCAGCGAGCAUGUGGAAGUUCUGAAACAAAGGCUGAACCCUUACAUCACUGAACUGAAAGCGAAGCUUAACGAGAACAUGGGAACGAUGGACCAGAACCUGGACCCAUUCAUCGAAAAUUUCAACACUAACGUCAACCAGAGAAUCAAGGAGUUCCAUCAGAACGUGGCUCCCUACACUGAGCAGUUGAACAAAAUCAUCAGUCAGAAUGUGAAGGAGAUGCAAGAGAGACUUGUCCUGAAUGGAGGCAGUGUUCAGCAGGAACUUCAGACCCAGCUCACAACUUUAUGGGACAACCUCUGGCAGAAUCUGCAGAACUAA